AUGAUCAAGGAGAAGAUGAAGGCUGCACAAGAUAGGCAGAAAAGUUACUAUGAUAGGAGGAGGAAGCCUUUGGAGUUCCAGGUGGGUGACCAUGUGUUUUUUAAGGUCUUACUUGUGACUGGAGUUGGGAGAGCUCUGAAAUCUCGAAAGCUAUCUCCAAAGUUUAUUGGGCCAUUCGAAGUGCUGAGUAGAAUUGGUCCUGUCGUGAAGUAUGUUCCAGAUCUUUCCCAUGUGAUUGAUCUUGACUCAGUUCAAGUAAGAAAAGAUUUGUCUUAUGAUGUGUAUCCAGUGAGAAUUGUGGAUCACUAUGUUAAACAGUUGAGAGGCAAAAAGAUCUCAUUGAUGAAGGGUGUUUUCGCUGUAGUGAGAAGGCCCUGGGCGAAGAGCAUGAAACUAUGCUAUUCUCACUGUAGCGAAAAGGCGACAGUGGAAGGUGCAUUUCUGGAUACAGUCUCGCUGUAUCGAGAUUCUGCAGAAAUCAAAGUGCAGUUUCCUCUGCGAUUUUUGCUGUUGUGA